CGCGCCUUUUCUUUUGCUAUAAUCAGAAGGAACACUUGAAUCUAAAAACUCCAACCUGUCUAGCCAGCAUUUCAAUAUCUGUAACUACCAAGCCAUUCAUUCCAACAUCCGAAACGAAAGUUCUAAACAAUGUCUAAGGGCACGUCCAUUAAAGACGCCCUGAAGCAGUUCGAGGAUGAGACAAAAGAAAAAGCGAAGGAUGCUAAGAUAGUGAAACUUAUCGGGAAGAUCCCAUUCAUCGAAAAAAUGGACGCCAGCCUUUCUCAGUUGGAGGCGUGCGAACACCUCUCACUGUCCACCAACAAGAUUGAGAAGAUCGCCAACCUGAACGGACUGAAGCAUCUUCGAGUGCUCUCCCUUGGGCGCAACUCCCUGAAGUCGCUGGCUGGUAUCGAAGUCUGCAACGACACCCUCCAGGAGCUGUGGUGCUCAUACAAUCAGAUUGACAGGUUCAAGGGCAUUACCAGCAUGAAGAAGCUCAAGGUGCUGUACAUGGCUCACAACAAGGUGUCCGACUUGGCGGAGUUAGGGAAGCUGUCCGGGAUAUCUACACUUGAGGAUGUGGUGCUGAUUGGUAACCCGAUAGAAGAAGAGCUCUCAGAGGCCGGCAGAUGGUUCUCAGAAUUUAAGAAGAAGUGCCCCAAAGUGAAAAAAUUGGAUGGCGUUGUAUUUGGUGGUGACGACUAAAGAGCUAACUCCCAACACCACUAUCCCAUAUACCUCUCCUAAAAACAUUAACAGUACUUUUAGAGUCUCAGCUACAUCUUUAUUCUAAUAAAGCUGAACUCACAAAGUUUAGGUGACAAACUGAUGUUUACAAGAAUACAAAUCAUUUUCUGGAGAAAUAAUACGUGAUUUUUUAUCCAGUUAUGUAGGGGGCUAGCGUAAUUACAAGAAAUAUAAAGUAUUAUUCGAAUUAUAUGUAUUGAACAAUAUCACUUGACAUCACAAAAUGUAAUGUUUAAUGACCCCAAACUCUCCAGUUGCACAAAAGGUGAAGAGUUCAUACUAAGUAAUUAGGUAAAGAACAGAGCUUGUAUUGUAAAUGUAUUACAAAUAUUACAUUAGUAUAUAUUUCUUUAAAAAAUUCUUGAAAUUUUUUAUUAUUUUUAAAUGAUUGCUUUAAUAUCGAUAAUAGGGUCCUUAAUUCUCUGCAAUUAUCUGUAGCUACUUACAAAUAUACUAAGAUAACAUGCUGGAUUUGUGUCAGUGGAGGCCCUCGACAGAAGCUCUGCCCCCCUAGCCUCUUCAAACUUCAGUAUAAAUGUAAUUAGUACUAAAUCACUAAAUCUGAAAGGAUCUCAUGUUUGUUAAAAAAGAAAUAGAGCACGACUAGUCAAUGUAUUUACCUUACCCUUUUUAUUUUAUUUAAGUGCAUAUUUUAUUCUAAGCUCUCAUUCUGUGAAAUGUGAAGUCCCUCCACCCACCCCCUUUUAAUGAUGAGGCUGCACGGCCCUCCACAAUUGUGAGUCCGGCCCUGCUAUGAGAUACAUGUUUAGACUCUAAUUGAAUUAUUUAAUUAAGUUCAGCAUUUUUUAAAACUAUGGUUAGUCUAUGAGAGUGUAAUUUUGAAAGGACGUUUGGUAUUCUUUAGCGUGGUUUAGUUUAAAUAUUGAAUAGGAUACUGUUAUUAACAUUAACUAACAAUAAAAGAAGAAGAAUAUUUUGUUGCAUAACUUUAGCUAGGGAUAUGUUGCAGCAUGUUAAAUAGGUUAGCCAUUUUUUUCAAGAGAUUGAAAAUUAACUUUUCGGAGAAACUUCUCUUGUAUUUUGAAUGUCUUGUAUCUGAAUAAAGAAAUUUUCUAUUCA